ACUGGUCUAAAUAUCUUUUUGUCAGAUUUCACGGUGACCAAACAUUUCGUGACCCUGAGAGGAAAACUAGCAGGUUUCAGCAUCUUUCCUCUUAGUGGCUGCAUCAAUGAUUGUCAUGAUCAUACACAGACAUCAGGAUUUGAAAGCAGAGUCUUGAACUUGAGUGACAGGCCAACUGCACUGCAGAUAAGGGUUGGAUCAAUACUGAAAAAGGUGCAAACGUUGAAGCCUUGUUUUUCUAAGAGACGAAAAUGCAAGAGCAUAUACAAAGCCUACAUUCCUAAUAAGAGUGGCAGUACUAGUAAUGGAGGUAUGAAGAAAUAUUAAUAUGAUGAAGCACGUCACCUUUACAUUUGGGUGCAUGAUGGAGGUGAUUUCUCUAGGAUGGUCAAGCAGCAAUAUAUUAGCCUUGAGGAUUUGAGGGAUUAUUCUAAGAAUAGAAUUUUCAGGGAUCAUCAAAGAGGCUGCAUAUCGGUCUGCAAGAAACCCAAGCCUAGUUUUUGUUGACUUUUCAUUGAAUUUAGAUAGUUUGU